UUUGAAGAACAUUUCAACCAGAAUACUAAUGCUGGACGGAAAAAUACAAAACAUGUUGAUUCGGGGAGUACCUAAUUCCAACCUAGGGUUAUCGUUUGGUCUGAAAUGUCUGAACAAUGUAUUCAACGGUGUCAACUUUGAAGGUUCAUAUAAAAAUAAAAUGGUAUCAUUGAGUCGUGAAUUCCAUGACAAGCCUACGGUUGAUGUGAUAUAUUAUGCCGGGUACCAGUUUGAGCCUGAUCUGGAGUUUACCAUGCUUUGGGAAAUUCGUCAUCGUGAUAUAGAGAUAACUGUCAAUAGAAAACGGAAGUACUUCUUUCAGCACCUCGAGCAGUGUUACGAUCUGUUUCAAUGGAAUAAUGCCGUCGAUAUUGAUCAGAUUUUUAUUAGAUGAAUCUUUUGUUUCAUUAAUGAAACCUAAGGUUUACUUUUUUGCCUGAAGUCUGCAAAAUAAACAUUUUACAAAACCU